UGAUACAUUUGUGUCGUUUCGUCUCACGUGCCACCACAUUUUACCGCCGUCGUAGUAUGUAACUCGGGUUUUCCACAGUGGAAAACGGGUUCUCUGCUGGUACCACAGACUAACGCCCUUCAUUUUCAUUACCAUCUCUCUCUCUCUCUCUCUCUCCAGUCAGGAAGCCAUUGAAUUGAAUCUAACCUCUUCAAAACAAGCAAAAACCACCACCAGAUCAAGCUCGCUGAAACCCAAAUCCAAACCGUAACCAACCAUGUCCGGCGCAACAGUCGUGGGCGAUACGACCUGGUCGGGCGCCCUCGUCAGGAUCUCGCCCUACACUUUCUCUGCCAUCGGCAUCGCCGUCUCCAUCGGCGUCUCCGUCCUCGGCGCCGCCUGGGGGAUUUACAUUACCGGAAGCAGCUUGAUCGGUGCCGCCAUCAAAGCUCCCCGUAUCACGUCCAAGAAUCUGAUUAGUGUUAUUUUCUGUGAGGCUGUCGCUAUUUAUGGUGUCAUUGUGGCAAUCAUCCUGCAAACCAAAUUAGAGAGUGUUCCAUCUUCACAGAUAUAUGCUCCAGAGUCUCUUAGAGCAGGAUACGCAAUCUUUGCCUCUGGACUUAUUGUUGGCUUUGCAAACCUCGUCUGCGGAUUGUGUGUAGGUAUAAUUGGAAGCAGCUGUGCUUUGUCUGAUGCCCAAAACUCCUCACUCUUUGUGAAGAUUCUUGUGAUUGAGAUUUUUGGAAGUGCACUCGGGCUUUUUGGAGUGAUUGUAGGAAUAAUCAUGUCAGCACAAGCAACAUGGCCGGCAAACGCAGCGUGACACUUAUUCAGUUCAUUCGAUUUGGUAUUUCAUUUUAUUACAUGUAAUGACCUCUGCAUCUUGUUCUAUAUUUUUAGUAGGCAUGUAAGUCCUAGCAUAAAAGUGCUUCCUUUUUGUAUUGAGGUUGUAAUUUUUCUAAUGGAUGGAGAUGGAACUUGUGAACAAUGGAGCAUUUGAUGGUUCUUGUUGGAAUGAUGAAAUUUACAAAUAA